AUGGAUGCACUAGAAGCGAGACUACAAUUUAUUCAAGUACUGAAAAGUUUGCCAAAGACUUUAAACUUAAGUAAAAACGUUACUACGACUAGCAGUCACGGUACUCCAAAUGUCAUACAAUCAACAGGAAAUAGUACAACAAGCAACACUUCCAGUAGUAAUGAUAAUCCGCAGGAUCCUACAGUAUUCUAUAUGAAGUAUUAUCUUCAACAUUUUGAGGACUUUCAACAAUGUAUGUUGGAUACGAUGAGUAAAAUGGAUCCGCUCGAUAGACUUUACAUUCUGAUAUAUUACUCUAAGAUCAUUCAUGAGCUAUAUAUGUACAUAAUACAGGGGCAGAAAAAAGAAUCUGUUUCAGAUACUGGUACGAAGUCAACGACUGAGAUUACGUUAUAUGACACUGUUAUUCCAGGAUUACAUACUGUCUGCGAACUUGCGUGUCCAAAUGGUGACAUGAAGGCAUUCACUAAUUUGCCUUAUUGUAUAAAUUUUUAUGAAGAUCUAAAAUCCCUGUUCCAAAAUACCAACCAUGUUGCUAUCGAGAAAGAAUUAUCAUUGGUAGAGCAACAUAUUAUUGAACUGAAACAAAAUAGAGAAGAAUUAUUUUCAAGUUUUAAACAAAAUGGAAUACUCACAUAUGAACAAUCAAGCAAUAAAAAUCCGUCGACAACGAAUAACACUAACCCUUCCGAGGUACAGAUUGUUCUUAAUAGAAUGGAGAUGGAUCGAGACAGACACAAGAAGUUGAAAGAACAGAAUUGGCAGAUCAACAGAAUUCAGAGCGUCGCAUCAACCGGCACAAUAACUAAUGAAAUGCUUGCUCCAACAGAGUUCGAGCAUCUCUGGUCAACCACACCUGCAUUCGACACCAGAGACGGUUAUUUUGCCAAACAAGUACAAGCCAUUGCCACUGAGAGUUACGCCCUAGAGUGA